AUGCCCUCCAUUACAUUGACAUGGCCAGACCGCGCCUAUUUCUACUCGCUACUCGUGGUCUCACUCUUAUCCGCAAAGCUCCUCCACGUCUUUUCGCAUCUGACUACAAUCCCCAUAUUUCUCUUUCUCUUGUAUUUCCCGACGUUUCUUUUCUUAGAUUUUUUGGUAAUAUUCUUUUCACGCAUUAUCUUUCAGAAAUGGAGAGUUGCUGGCAUCUUUCUUUCGCUUCUCAUCGCAUCUACCUCUGCUACUCAGAUUGGCUUCUUCAUUGAAACCGGCGGUGAGAUUCAUUGGAAUAUGUUGGCCAAGGUCUUGAGAGAACCAGAAGGCUUUUUUGGGAUGCUUAUGAGCGGUUUCUAUGGCCUUUCGUUAACAAUCGGAAUCCUUGGUGGCAUAGCCUGGUUGUUCAACCCAUUGCUCUACAAUCUUUCUCAUCGCAUGGUUAGAUCCAUUGUGACUACCAUCUUCCCCAGCAAAUGGAUCAUGUUCAGGGAGGGUCUUGCGAGACGCCGUGCUUCUGACCAAGAAGAUGGUGAAGGGCUGCUCUCUGACUCUAUCGCGGAAAAGGCUUCCCCCUCAAACUCUAUCGGCGCUAUCAGGUGGGCAAGGCUUAAGCUCCUUGUGGUAACUGGAACUAUCAUUGUUUUGCAUGUCGUCCGUCCUCUGUCCCCGUAUCAGCACAUGUCCGGAACCCUCCCUUUCACAUUAUUCGAAGGUCUUUGGGUCAGGCGCUCGGUCUUCUGCGAACCCUCGCCGUACGACGGACCCCCUGAAUUUCCAUUCCCAGAGCUUCUUCGGAAAGAAUUUUGGAUACCCGCUGAAGGAGCUGAAGACGGUGUUGGACGGGGAUGGAGGCCUGGAAGCCCUUGGUGGGAGGUUGCUGAAGAGAGAGCGAAAAACCGCCCGAGCUGGCUCCCGGAAAGUAAGAUACCUGGUUUUGAACGGUUUUAUGGUCACCGUCACCAUGGGCCUCCGCCCCCUGGAUUUGGACAUCAUGAUGGCCCCCCUCCUCCACAUCAUGGUCACCAUCCCCAUGGACAUCACGAGGACGACUUCGCGCCUCCUCCGCCGCCCGGUUAUGAACCAAUUCUCGACCCGCUUAAGAUUACCAAUCUCGAUCUCCCGAUAAUGGAUGCUCUGAAGGAUGCCCUCUCAACAGUCUCGAUCAAACAUGUCAUCGUCCUCUCCCUCGAGUCAACCCGUAAGGAUGUUUUCCCGCUCAUCAAGGACGGCAUUCUAUACAACAAAAUUAUGGAGUCCCGUGGCCAUCUUACAAAUUCCAAGCGCGAUGUAUCCAAAAAUGAACCAUGGGCAGAUCUGUCUCAGCUGAGUCACAUGGCCGAGGAUAUUACUGGAGAAGAUGGUGGCUUUGGAAGAUCUGUUAACAGCACUUUUGGAGGCAUCAAUAUCAAGGGAGCACUAACUGGUAGUAGUUUCACUCUAAAGUCAUUACUUGGAAGCCAUUGCGGAGUUUCCCCGCUAGCAGUCGACUUCAUGGAGGAGCUAGAAACCGACAUCUACCAGCCGUGUCUUGCACAUAUCUUGAAGGCCAUGAACGCCAACCUUCCAAAACCGGGCACAGUUGAGAAGGGGUGGAGGAAUAAUGGGACAUGGAAAUCCGUCUUUAUGCAGGCUUCCACGACCAAAUUCGAUAGGCAAGCUCCGUUCAUCGACCAGAUUGGUUUCGACGGAUCGGUGGUCCGGGAAACGCUACAGUCACCAGACGCAAAAUAUAAACCGAAACAGGCCGAGCUGAACUACUUUGGUUAUUCCGAAACGGAGCUGAAGCCAUAUAUCAAAGACCUGUUCGUGGAGGCCGAGGCUACUGGCGAUAGAGUGUUCUUGUCGCAUUUGACAAGCAGCACGCAUCAUCCAUGGGCUACACCACCAGAGUUCGGAGAACAGGAGCCGUAUUGGGGUGCCGAGGGCAGUCACGCAAGUGGAGGCGGAGCAGCAUGGAACAAGUACCUCAACAGCAUCAAGUGGGGUGACUCAUGGAUCACUGAGGUUUUGGGCGUUUUGGAAGAAGUUGGUGUUGCUAAUGAAACUUUGAUCGUUAUGGUUGGAGAUCAUGGCUUCGCGUUUGGAGAAUCUACGAAUGCCAAAACUACCUAUGUAAACCCACAUAUCAAGAACUUUGAAGUUCCCCUAGUCUUCCGCCAUCCGCAACUACCAAGGAUUCAGCUGAACUUCACCACAACUUCAAUGACGAUUCUUCCCACCGUUCUGGACUUACUCAUCUCCACAAACUCACUCAACGAUGAGUCAACGGCUAUCGCAAAGUACAUGCUCCCCGAGUACGAGGGCCAAUCGCUCAUACGUCCUUUCCGUCCUAUCAGGUUCGGAAGACAGCAGUGGAAUUUCGGCGUUGUCAAUCCCGGCGGAACUCAUCUAUCAGUUGUUUCAUCUGCUCAUCCAUACAGGCUGGUCUUACCCAUUUGUGAGCCUUCGCCGUACACGUUUUCGUGGCCCGAGCGGGAUCCCAUGGAGAUGGAUACCUCCCAGUCAUGGGAGGGAGGCCAGAAGCUGAAAGACGCUGUUGCGAGCAAGUGGGGAGAAGACGCGGCGAAGUGGGUUGAAGAAGCCGAAAAGAUCGGUGGCUGGGCGAUCUGGGAAGGGCGCAGGCGCUGGGGAUAUGACGGUGGCACAAGGAGGGAGGAUAGAAGUGCAGAACACAAUAAGGAUGGGUUGCUGGAGCACGACCAUUGGUGGAAUACCUAA